AACACAAUCUUCAUUCAUUCUUCAUCUCACCCUUCAAACCCAUAUUCAAAAAAUAUGACUUUAACUCUACGUUCUUCCACUUCUUUUAUCAAUCUUAAAGACACCAAAACCCUCAAAACUCCUGACGAAUUCUCUACCGUAAUUUGCUCUGCCAAAAUCAAACCUUCAUGCCGUCUCCGGGCUAAGAGUUCAAUGCAAGAAACACAACUCUCGCGUGAUAAACAAUUAACUAAACAAGGGUUGGGGAGAAGCGAGAUAAAGGAGAAGCUCCAUGAGCUUUCUGUUGCUCAUCAGAAUGGAAACGACUCGAGCGUGCCUGUGUUUGUGAUGCUUCCACUGGACACGGUAACUCAGGGGGGGCAUUUGAAUAAACCGAGAGCAAUGAAUGCUAGUUUGAUGGCGCUAAAAAGUGUAGGGGUUGAAGGUGUAAUGGUUGAUGCUUGGUGGGGUUUGGUGGAGAAAGAUGGACCUUUAAAAUACAACUGGAAAGGGUAUGCAGAGUUAAUACAGAUGGUUCAAAAGCAUGGCUUGAAGCUCCAAGUGGUUAUGUCUUUUCAUCAGUGUGGUGGGAAUGUUGGAGACUCUUGCAGCAUUCCUCUACCACCAUGGGUGCUUGAAGAAAUCAGCAAGGACCCUGACCUUGUAUACACAGACAGAUCGGGACGACGGAAUCCUGAGUAUAUUUCAUUGGGCUGUGACACGAUUCCGGUCCUCAAAGGAAGAACGCCCAUUCAGGUUUAUUCUGACUUUAUGAGGAGCUUCCGGGAUACAUUCAGAGAUUACUUGGGAAGAGCUGUUGUGGAAAUUCAAGUGGGCAUGGGUCCUUGUGGGGAGCUGAGAUACCCAUCUUAUCCAGAAAGCAAUGGGACAUGGAGAUUCCCCGGAAUUGGAGAAUUCCAAUGCUAUGACAAGUACAUGCGAGCUUCAUUGGCAGCAUCAGCAGAGGCGUCUGAUAAAAAGGACUGGGGAAGAAGUGGGCCGCACGAUUCUGGGCAGUACAAUCAAUUUCCUGAAGAUACAGGCUUUUUUCGGAGAGAUGGUACCUGGAACUCCGAGUAUGGACAAUUCUUCUUAGAAUGGUACUCUGAGAAGCUACUAAAGCACGGCGAUAGAAUUCUAGCAGCUGCAAAAGGAAUAUUUCAAGGAACUGGUGCAAAUCUAUCUGGAAAAGUAGCUGGAAUUCACUGGCAUCACAAAACAAGGUCUCAUGCGGCUGAAUUAACUGCUGGGUACUACAAUACCAGGCAUAUAGAUGGUUACCUACCAAUAGCACGAAUGUUCAGUAAACAUGGAUUUAUAUUGAACUUCACCUGCAUGGAAAUGAGAGACAGAGAACAGCCUGAUCAUGCAAAUUGCUCUCCAGAAGGGUUAGUUCGGCAAGUAAAGAUGGCAACGAAGACUGCUGGAACAGAACUUGCUGGAGAGAAUGCCCUGGAAAGGUAUGAUGCAAGUGCAUAUGCACAAGUUAUGACAACAAGUAGAUCAGAUUCUGGCAACGGAUUGAGUGCAUUUACAUAUCUAAGAAUGAAUAAGAAAUUGUUUGAGGGGGACAACUGGAGAAAUCUGGUGGAGUUCGUGAAAAGCAUGUCCGACGGCAGUAGGAGAACCAGACUUCCAGAAUGUGAUUCAAUUGGGAGUAACCUUUAUGUUGGUUUUGUUAAAGAAAAGAAGGAGAAGAAAAUCAAGGAAGCUGCUCUUGUGUAACAAGCAUUUUCAUGCUGUAAUAUAACAGUACAUAGUGUAUCAUAAUAUGGAGAAAAUAGAACAUUGCGGUAGCUAUACACCAUAAGAACUGCAACCAUCUCCAAACCAUGAAUGGAGAAUUAUCUUUAUAAGCUAAUAUACUUUCAGUCCGGUUUAUAGGCAUGAUAAUAGUCUAUAUAUCGAUGAGAUUUAGGUGUGAGAUUGAAUAGAUUCAUUGUGUAUCAAACAAUAUCCAAUAGAAUUUUGUUCUUCUCAAAAUAUUGUAUUUUUCGAAAUAAAGGCAUUUAUGGCUUUCAACUCA